AUGUCAACCGAACCCCCAACUCCCGUUUGGUUUAUCACCGCUGCCAGCUCGGGCUUUGGCUUCGAAAUCGCACGAGCUGCUCUUGAAAGAGGGCACCAUGUAAUCGCGACCGCGCGCGAUCCAGCGAAACUUCAAGACCUCGAGAAGAAAGGCGCAUACACGAUUGCUUUCGACGUGACGAGCUCCUACCCCGAGAUUGAAAAGGUCGCACAUCAUGCCGUGGCCAAAUACGGCCGAAUUGAUUACUUGAUCAAUGCCGCAGGCUACAUUCUCGAAGGCGCAGUCGAAGAGGUCACGCCCGAUGAAGCUCAACAGCAAUUCAAUGUCAAUGUUUUCGGCACAACAAACACGAUUCGUGCUUUCCUUCCACUGAUAAGGGAACAAGCUUUGCCAGGAUCUGGUCACCCCCGUGCGACCAUCGCUACAUUUGGAAGCCUGGGAUCCUGGAGAGGCGGAGCGAGCUUUGCAUUCUACGGCAUGACCAAAGCAUGCAUGUCAUCCCUAGCGGAAUCACUUCGUAUCGAGUUGGAGCCGUUUGAGAUCGCGGCUACUGUCAUCGAGCCGGGGUACUUUCGGACGGGAUUCUUAAAGCCCGGGGCAAAGGUCUCGGCGGAAGCACGAAUCCCUGCGUAUGAAGACGAGAAAACGCCUUCUGGUCAGACACGAAAUGCCUUGUUAGCAGUCAAUGGUAACCAACCUGGUGAUGUGAAAAAGGGUGCGGACACAACUGUCGACAUUUUGACGGCGUCGGGAUCUGCAAAGGGUAGACAGCUGCCACCCCGAGUCGUCCUAGGCAGCGAUUGCGAGGUGACUAUCAGAAGCAAAUGUCAAAACACUUUGGAAUUACUCGAUAGCUGGGGUCCCAUUGCAAGGUCCACAGACUAUGCAAAAUAA